AUGUAUUUGAAGAAACCACUCUGGAGUGAAGGGAUCGAAACAGAGAAACAAAAUCCAACUGGAUCAUCAGAUCCAAAUGCUUCCAUGGUGGAGCUCGUGAAUUUACUUCAUCAACAAAGGGUAUAUCGGGAAGUUACUCCCGCUCUCACCGCCGGUCUCCCAGACGCACGCGCCGAAUUCUCGUUCCUCCGUCUCUGUGCUCUCCAUUCCAUUCUUAAUUUCCUUAAUUCCAAUGCCGAUUCCGAUUCUACUAUUUACCUCUUUAACCUAACCCAAUCCAUUCCCCCAACUUUAAGGUGA